UAUUAAUAAAUUAUUUAUAAAGAUACUGUAUAUAUUAUAUAACGUUUAAAGUAUUGUAUAAUAUUUUGAUGAUGACAGGUGGCAAUACUAAUAACUAUAAUAAUUCAAAAGCAAGUGAUGAUAAUAAUGUAAUAUUAAUUGAAAAUAAACAAGGUGUCUGUGUGAUAACCCUGAACAGAGCCAAUAAACAUAAUGCAUUUAACCUGCCAAUGUAUACCGGGCUCAUACAGGCGCUUAAAAAUGCCGAUAAUGAUGAUAAUAUUAAAUUAGCCAUAAUUACGGGAAAUGGAGAGUACUUUUCAACCGGAAAUGAUCUGGCAAUCACAGAGGGACAUGGCGAUUUGGCUACCGGUGCCGACAAAUACGCUCAACUAUUGCAGUCAUUUGUGGCCGCAUUCAUAGACUUUCGGAAACCACUGAUCGGUGCAGUGAACGGGCCGGCCAUUGGUAUCGGCGCUACAAUAUUAGCCCUAAUGGACGCCAUAUGGGCCUCGGACUCGGCCUACUUUUACACACCGUUCACAGCACUGGGUCAGUCACCAGAGGCCUGUAGUUCCCAUACCUUCCCGGCCAUUAUGGGUACCAUAAGAGCCAAUGAGAUGCUUAUGUUUAACCAUAAGAUGGGGGCACAGGAGGCCCUUGAGUACGGAUUCGUAUCACGUGUUGUCCCGAAACAGGAGUUUAGGGAACGGGUGGAGGAGUGGGUGUUCGGAGCGAAGGGUUUACUCAACAUUUCGUACCCAAAGUCAAUGCAAACGACGAAACAAUUGCUGAGAAGUGCGACAAAGAGACGGAUAUUACGGGAGAUUAAUGGCGAGGAAUGCCGUGUUUUGAGGGAACGUUGGUUUUCCGAUGAGUGCCUACAAGGGCUGCAAAAGUUUUUUACCCGAAAAUUGAGUUCAAAGUUA